AUGAAUAAUCCUCACGAAAUAACACAAAAGAAUACACAAUUUGGAAAUGCAAAUAACCAUCGUUUUACGACUCCGCUUCGGAAAGCAUUCAAGCGUCUUCAUGUUGUUCGCAGGAAACCGUCCGUUGCGUCCACCAGGCCGUUUUCAGAUUUUUCCAAUGUUCCAGUCGCGUCCGUUCGUGAAACGACAAUUCUUGAUGGAAAGCUUGCCCCUCCUCCGGCACCACGGCCAUCCCGAUUAGCGUCCCCUGCAGCUCCUCCAUCCCCUGUCUCUCCUCUCCCUCCAAGUGCGUCCAGGUCGGGAAACCUUUUAACAAUCCGUUCUAGGGAAAUAAAUCCCUCGGAAUCGCUCGGUUCUUUGCAGGCUCCGCUCAUGAGCGAAGACACGAUACCAGAAUCAUCAUCACCUGUAGCCUCCUUGCCUUGUGGGGACCUAUUCCGGCUUGGGUUGACCCCAAUCCAAUCAGCACACUCAAUUGCGGACUCCGAGUGCCCAGUAUUUGCUCCUGCUCUUCAGCCGGUCCAAAGGAUAUCAAGCGUAAAUAUGGUAGAUUUGGCGGAGGAUGUUGAUAUGGUGGAUGUCGUGAAUUUGGAUCUAGAUAGUACUGGGCAAGCCAUAACACCGACCCCUUCCUCCCGGAAUACAUCCAUCCAGUGGCUCCCAAGCCUAGCACCCAAGCGCAAGACAGUACCGAAUAAUCUUUCUACGACGGCAGUCUUUGAGGGCGGGCAUUUAUCCGAGCGCCGCCGUUCAACAUUUAUGUCCAAAUUGGUCGGAAACGCAUGGGGGCUCGCGGGUCUGGGGCUUGCGUCUAUGAAUGGUGGGCAUCGUCGUACACAAUCCGCUGUGCCUUUGACCUCGAUUCGGGAGCCCGAGAAGGAGACGAUGGGGUCGCUUCCCUCUAUUCCAAUCGGGAAAAGCUCCAUCGAACGUGCGGUAUUUGGCUUGGAAUCUAUGGCUUCGACUACUAGUAGAAUCAGCACAUCGCAUCGUCACUCGCUCGUAAAUGGACUCGCACCAGCCAACUCUACGCUUCGCAUGACAGGAAGCAAGAGCGCUCGAGCAAUGGAAGACUUGGACCCCGAGACAGAGGAUACUCUGGAAGUCAAGAUUGUCCCAAGGCCCAAGAAGAAGAGACGAAGCAGUGCUACGGAUAACUUGAGGCUCUCGACGGCUGCGAGCCUUUCGCCUGUCAGAGUUACCAGAGCGAUGGCCGCUCGUCAAGCGGAAGUGGAGUCUAAUACCCCGAUGAGGGUAACCAGGUCGGCGUCCAAGCGUCUCGCAGAAUUGGCCAAUAGUCCAAGUGGAAAGCCAGCGAGUGGCUCGCCAUACUACCUAUAUGCCGAUACCAUCGAGACCCUCUACACCUUCCUCGCGUUCAUCUUCUCCCAUGGAAUCGAUUCCAAGCUCACCAUCAUCGAUAAGCAGCUGCGACGACGCUGGACUCGUAACCCGAAGAAAGUUUCUCCAGUGAGGCUAGGGGAAUCUGCUCUGCUACCUGCGAGGGCGCGCAACGCGAAAUCUGGCGCGCAAUGCAAAACGCCAGGGACGUCAGAUGGUGGGAAUAAAGCCAAUAGUCAAAAACGCCCAUCGGACGAUUUGUUGACUGGUAUUCAUCAUAUGAGCCUUGAGUCAUCUGAGCAGCACCCUGACCGUCAUACGAUACUCUCGACCCUGGACUGCAUGAAUGAUUUUGCAGAGAUGGAAGUCAAUGAUCAAAGUAUAUCCCAGUCAGGUAUUAAUGUUCCGCACUCCCCAUACACUUCAACUUUCGACAUGGAGUGCUCUAAGAGGGACGAGGAAGUUAGGUUUAGUACAGAUAGGAUCGAGGAAGACACGGAGAUGGCGGCCAUAUGA